UGCACAAGAUCAUAGGUAAUCUGUAGCAGUUCUCGUUCGGAGUACACCGUCCAUCGCGGGUCGUAUCGAGACGUCCCAUUCAAAUUUUGAGAUGUCCCGUUAGACACAUUUUCUUAACCUUUCUCUCAGCCAGUACAUGGCAUGUUUUUUUUUUUUUUUUCUUUCUUUCUUUUUUUUCCCUCCUCCCUCUGUCUCUCGUUAAUUUAUUUCACUUUCUCCUCGGUCUCUGUUCCUCUCCGUAACCAAGGGUCAAACUGCAAAAAUACGACUCAUGACGACGACGAAAGCGGUACCAGCCGAAACAUGGAAUCGUCAGCGUCAUCACCAUAUGGCAAUCCGAUUCCAGAAGGAAACGCCAUAAUUUCACCCAGGGAUUGCAAGGCCCCGGGGCAAAAAAGAAAAACGAGCACUUCCCAGGGUACCGAAGACAUGCAACCUGACUUCCAUGUGCCCCACCUUGAAUGGGUGCCGGCCAGCGACAGCCAACAAUCACCGGCCUUGUCGAGCUUGACCCGCCGCCAAUGCUGGUCUAGUGGGUUCCACUAGCUCCUUAGAUACAUGCACUGCCACAUUGCUGUCAUUUGGCAUUUCCCGUCGCACCUUGCGAUCCGAAGAACUCCCUGGAUACGAACGGAUAAUAUCCUGUUACAGGAGGGA